GUCUACCAUUCCAGUAUGCUGCUCAAGUUUCUGCCUUCAAUAAAUUUAUGUGCUCACUUAUCAUAUUCUUCAGCAAGGUUUGCUUUCAAACUGUAUGUUACCUUGAAAAGAGAAGCUGCUUCUCUCAGAAUCCAGACAAAGUUACGCGGAUACUUGGCCAGAAAAUCCUACAAAAAACUUAAAUUAGCCGUCGUUGCACUACAGACUGGAAUUCGAGUGGCAGCUGCACGAGCUAAGUUCAGAUAUAUAAAACAAACCAGAGGAGCUUUGAUUAUACAGGCCUAUGAGCGCCGUCACAAAGUCUUUUCAUACUAUAAGAAGCUCAUAUGGGCAUCAAUUUUCACACAAUGCAGAUGGAGAAGACUUGUUGCAAGGAGGGAGCUUCACAAACUAAAGAUGGCUUCAAAAGAAACAGGAGCACUUAAAGAGGCAAAGGAUAAGCUUGAAAAACAGGUUGAAGAACUUAGAUUGCAGUUGCAGUUGGAGAAACGUCAAAGGAUAGACUUGGAAGAGGCAAAGGAUCAGGAAAUAGCAAAAUUGCAGCAUUCAUUGCGAGACAUGCAAAGCAAACUGAGUGAAACAACUACACUGCCCAUCAGGGAACAGGAGGCUGCUCCAAAAGCAGUUGAAGGUGACUCUUCGAUUGUUGAAAAGAAACCACUUCCAGUUGAGGAUGAAGAAAGCAUUGAAGCUUUGACUACAGAAGUGAAAAAUUUAAAG